CUGUGUGUGAUAAAGAGUCGAGUGGCGUGGGCGGGCGUAUAAGGAAGCGUGAAAUGUUGUGUACGUGGAGAGGAGGCCUGGGGAGAAGCAUAUAAUACAUUGUACAUGGACGGGCGUGCAGCAUGGUGUACAUGGGGGGCGUGGUCACCGCCGGACACAAGACUGUACACGUUCCUCUCCGACAAGAACCAACAAGCCGGCGGGUUGCCUGGCAACGUGUAAACAAAGCUGCGACCGUCCGCUACGACCCUGGGUGUCCUCCCUCACUCGCCGCCCGCAGCCCGCCUCAUCCCACCCCUCACUACUACUCCUCGCCUCAUCCACUAUGGACACGCAGAAUGAGGACAAUGAUAGGCCACAACCUUUACUUGUGGCAUUUGGAAACCCAUUACUUGACAUAACAGCUGUUGUCAAAGACAGAGGUUUACACGAUGAGUUUCAGCUUCCUGUAGAUGGCCAGUUGGAAGUUGGUGAACAACAGAGAGCUUUAUUCAACUUGGUAAUGAAAAAGUACCCUGUAGAAUAUACAGCUGGAGGAUGUGCUCUCAACUCCUCCCGAGUCUUUUGUUGGGUGCUGGGUGAACCAAACAGAGUUGUUUUUGUUGGAGGGAUUGGCAAGGAUGAGCAGGCUAAAAAACUUUCUGCAAUUAUAAAAGAGAGUGGAGUUGUUACAAGAUUUGUGGAUGUAGAGGACCAGCCUACUGGCAUAUGUGUAGCACUGGUUUUAGGAGCUUGCCGAUGUUUGUGUGCAGACAUUGGAGCUGCCAAUGUUUGUGAGCCAGAUCAUGUUUUCAAUCCACAUCUCCACCCUGUGCUGGAAGCAGCAGAUUUUGUUUAUGUAGAAGGAUAUUUCAUCACCCACAGCUUUCCUACCACUCUGCAGAUUGCCAAAUAUGCACAAAAAAACAAGAAAACAUUUGUAUUUAAUCUAUGUGGAAGCUAUGUGUGUGAAAACCAUCCAAAUGAAUUGGCAGAACUUUUGCCAUAUGUGGAUAUCCUUUUUGGUUUUGUGGAAGAGUACAAAACCUUGGACAAGUUUGUUGACAUUGAGCAAGUAUCCUCCGGUCACGCAAACAAUCCAAAUAACAUAUCCCAUGAUAUAUUGCAGGUGUUAAGAGCCAUUAAAGGUGAGGAAAAGAUCAUAAAGGACAAUUUUAAAGGUGUGUCAGAAGAUCUACGGAAAGUGGCAAAACUUGAAUCUUUAGAGAUAUCCGAUAAUCAUUUUGGUCACAAAGACGGUGUUGACAUCAAUGGAACCACCACUGGCUUAUGUAAUGGUAUUAUUAAGGAUCAUAGGGAUUCCAAUGGUUUUCUAUACCACGUAAAUGAUAGGAAGCCGAAAUUGGUUGUUGUAACAAAGGGUCCGAGUCCACUCUUGUACGUACAUAACCAUGAAGUUAGAGAACGUCCAGUGCCCCCAAUAUCCCCUAAAGACAUUGUAGACACAACUGGUGCAGGUGACUCAUUUGUGGGAGGAUUUUUGGCUGCCUUGAGCACAGGUCAGCCUCUUCAAAAGUGUCUGGAUUGUGGCACAUGGACAGCUCAAAAACUUCUGCAACAAAAGGGUUGUACGCUUCCGUCUUUCCCAGCCACAUUUCUUGGUCACAACUGAACGAUAAGAUCUCUACCUGUAACAACAUUUCUAGGACAUGCUACAAUUUGUGUUAGCCAUAAUUGGUGAGAGAAGUUACCAUAUUAAUAAAAUCUACAUUUACCCUCCAUUAUGGAGUGUUGAUAAAUAUGAGAAUAUUGAAAAUACUUACCACACAUUGCUUUUAUUUGCACUAUUUAGAAAGGUUGUCAAUAGUUUAAUAUAGAAGCCAGAAGUACUGUACAUUUAAAAGGGUUUUUAAGUUUUGUUAUAAUUGCUCGAGGUAUGAUUAGCUAUGAUGACAUUUGUGACUUAGAUUACUUUGAAAUCUAUGUUAUACAUUAAUUGUAGUAAAACACUAUCAACACUUACUUGGCUAUAGGAAAAUAGAAAACCUUUAAAACUUUUUAUUUACUGUAUUUUGAUACAGGUUUUUAUUACUGCAUUUAGUUACAUAAUUAGAAUUAUUACCAUUAAUAAUAAUUUUACUAUUAUUUUUAUGAUUGUUUUUAUCCAUAUUUAAUUAAAUAAUCUAAUUUUUAAUCUUAGCAUCUUAUUUUUUUUUGUCAAUCGAAAUGGCACCUUGUCAGGCCACAAACCGUCUGCAUGUUCAGGAAAUUGUUAAGACUUGUACCAAAGGAAGUUAGUUGUACCCUCUUUAUCUGACUGAAGAGAUAAAAACUAAGGAAUCCCAAGUAAUGAAUAAGAAUUACAACUCUACGUUCUAGUAGUGCUUGGCAGGGAAUGUGUUGUGCUGUUUCAUAGUAUGUUACUCUUAAAGUUGGAGAGACAUGCAUAGGAAAUAUAUUUUUGUUAAUUUUAAUUAUAAGCAAGAAUGUAUCUAUGCAUAGCGCACGCACACACACACUUGCAGGUAUACAUACUCCCCCGUGACCUAUUUCUUCCACACACACACAUACACACAUGCAUACACACACACACACACACACACACACACACACACACACACACACACACACACACACACACACACGCAUACUCAUACAAAUAUUACACAUCCAACAGGUCAUUUCACAUGCCCAUUAAAAUGUUAAAUGGCCAACCACAACUUUUGAGAAUAACUGAAGGAUUGUAUUUAGAUAAACUACAAGUACAAUAACUGCCCCCCUUAUUGAUCUCAUUUUUAAUAUUAGUUUUGUAUCGUGUAUAUUUCUCACCCCGAAGCCAGUUGAGCUUCCAGAAUCUCUCCUCCAUAUCUGCCACUAACGAGAUUGUGUCAAAAAUCUUCUUCGAAGCUUUAAUUGGAUUAUGAAUAUUUGGUUUGGCACCCAAUUGGCUGUGCUUAAUUUAUUUAGUUAAUAUCUAUUGUGAAUUUUGCCCUUUAGUGAGUGAAUCAAUAGGACAAGACUAUCAGCAUAUCUGUGGAUACCAAGUAAGUUUGAGAAGUUAAUAGACAUCUUGCAUAAAUGCUAGAGUUUCACUGGUUUAGUGCAGAAUUUAAUGAAUAAACAGUUUAAUGAAGGCAAUUUAUUUCUAGUUCUACCAGUAAUCAGAUUAUUCAGUUUGUUACUUCAGAAGGCAUAUUUAAAAUGCAUAAAGUUGACUGCAUUAUUGUAAUAGCAAUACAAUUUGGAUGAAUGCAAAACUGUACUUUAUUAUGAAAUUCUACUAGACUUAGGUACAGUAUUAAGAAAUUAUAUUAAAUUUAGCAUAGGGUGUUUUAAGUACAGUUAUAGUACAUUCAAUUUUGAAAACAACUAAUAGUCAAUGUAAUGGCUUUGUGGAUUUCACAAAAAAGGGACCAUUAUUAUUUUUUACCAUCUAUUUUGCAUUGACAUUUCCCAUCUGUGAGUCUUGUCUAUCUCAAUAUGUAUUACUUUGUUAAAACUUUUUUUUCCAUGGAUACGAAGUCAUCACAAUUUUGACAGACUAGUAAAGUUUAAUAUAAUGUAUCUGUAAUGUUGAAAUAUAUUAUAAUUAAUGAUAAUUGCUGAAAUUUGUGAACACUGUACAAAUGAAAAUUGCCUGCUUACAGGUAACAAUUAUAAGAGUGAUUUCUUUAGUGUAAGAGUAAAUGUUUGACACAUUCAGAGAACAUUUGUAGUUCUCUCAAUGUGAAGGAUGAAUAGAAAGACAGUAUUUCAAAGGUUUAGGACUAUAUGCUACGUAAACACUUCUUGCUAUGUAUAGUAUAGACUGAUGAUGGUAAUCAAGUACAUACUUGCAUUAGAAACAGACAACUAAUGCUAUAUUUUCCUAUUGCUGCAAUAGGGAAAAAAGUAUUGGCUAUGGAAAUUCCUUUGGCAGGCAGUGGGAAAGUUGUGUGAAGUAUGAAGCCAAAGGCAUCAAGAUGCUGAUUAUGAUGCUUGCAUCUUCUAUAAAGCUUCUUUGAAAUUAGUUUUCACUAUUUAGUAACUAGGGGACACCAUUACCCAUCAUUACCAUUUUUAGGAGCUUCCGAGACUGUGCAUAAUUUGAAGAAAAGUAUAAUAUGUCGUAUAGAUAGUCUUUUAGACUUUACCUAGAAAUUAACUGAUCCAAAUUUGCAGCAAGGCUGGACUCUUACUGCUGAUACUACCUAUAUCAAGAAUGUUAUUUUUUGAGCAAAUUUGUGCUAUGAAAGUGUAGAAGUACAAAGCUUUUCUAAAUUAGAUGUUGCUUGAAGAGAUGUGGUUUUGUUCUCUCUUUCUAAACUCAUAGCUCUUGUGAUACCGAUUGUUGUCUAGAAUGGCCGAAAGUUCAUCAUAGCUUUGCGAGAUCAGUAACAAAGAACGAUAUUAUUUUGUCCACCUUGUGUCCCUGAUGUAUGUUCAAAUGUAAAAUUCAUGAAGAGAGAAAUCAGCGUGAAGAAAUGCAAGUUGACUGUCAUUUUCAUAUAAUGCGAUACACUAACUUAGAAGUUGUCUUUGGUAAUAUUUUGGUAUGUGCACAAUAUAACCAUUGUCUAAUAUGCUAUUGAACUAGUAAUUUUUUGCAAGUGUUGGAAUUAUGUAUUAAUUAAAUCUUGUGUAGUAUAUCCAGUCACUUCAGGGCACUCUUGGAGUUAAUGUCAAAGUCAUUAACAAGACAUAUGUUAAUAUAUUUCAAUGGUUAAAGUUUUAUUAGGCAAGUUGACUAAGUAUUUUAGUUAACCCCAUAUCCUAAUUUGCUGAUGUAAUUGCAAUCCGCUAUAUAUUCAUUCAAGAAUUAGGUAUAGUACAUCCUUGUAUAUCUUUGUCUGGUUCCCUCUGGCAACCCUUAUCUGCAGGGAUGGCACAUUUCUCUAGUAUAGAAUAAUUUAUGGCAAAAGAAUUUGAUCCAUGUCUCUAAUUUGAAUAUAUAUAUAUGACAUUUUACUAUUUUGGUUAAAUGUAUUUCACACACAAUUAGCAGUGUGGAAAUAUAAAAAUCUUGUUGAGAUGUCAUUUUUUAGAAUGACUUGGAUAAAUAAUACUUCUGCCUAAUCUUCAGGAACUUAGUGAUGAAUCUAGUGUUGAAAGCUUUUCAUUUGUAAGGUACUGUACCUCAAUUUUUUGUAUAGACACACCUAGAAAGUGGCCUUAGUACUUGUUAUUUAUGGCUACUAUAUGCUCUAUAAAGUAUAUAGAUAGUAAAGUUAGGUUUAGCUUCUGUAUCAUUAUGAAUGUACAGAUGCAAGUCAUCAUUAUGAGAGAGCCAGCGUAAUGGUUAAGUUUCAUAUUCACUGUUGUUUGGUAGUUUUAACGUGACUCAAUACGUAAACACAGGUGUGGGAAUCAAGGGGAAAUUCUUAGUUAAAUUCCAUGGUCAAAAUGUCUUGCCAGUUUUAAUUUAAAAGUUGUGUGUAAGAAAACAAUUACAAUAUUGGUCACUAAUGUUCAAUGUUAAGGAUACUGUUGACUGACUGACUGACUAUGGGUUAUACAUCAUUAGUUUAAAAUGUAAAUUGACUAUGAUCAUUGUUAGAUUUUGAAGUGCUUACAUCCAUCCAUUCAUCAGAAAAGCAAGUUAUUUUAAAUUAAUGAAUUAAUUUUAAAUAAAAAUGUUCUACUGAGCAUAUGGUGCAGUUUGUGGUCAGUUUCAAGUAUAUGGACUGAAUCUUGAGUAAAAUUAUUAAAAUCUGGAUGUGAAGUGUAGACUUCUACACUGUACAAAUAUUUUUAAUAAUUUCAUAUGAAUAUUUCUGUGAAUUUUAUGAAUGGAUGUGGCUGUGCCGGGCUUCAGGCAAAAUGACUGCAUGAUCUGGGAGUCCAUGAGUGAUAGUAAUAAAUUCAAUAAGGAUCUACAUAUAUCAAAGGAACAGGAGAGAUUUUCUUAUAACCAAAAGACCCUGUCAAAUUGACUCAAAAUGUCGUAACAUUAUUUGUAAAUGUGCAAAAUGUUGUUUAACGCCCAUAUUUUUGUGUUUCUCCUGCAUGCUGGCCCACCAUUGUUUAGGUUUUUUUUAUUACUAAGUGUGGCUGUAUAGUUAUGGAAGCAAUUUAUUUAAACAAAAAUUGCAUUCUUCUCUUUAAAAUUUAUUGCUUGAAACUAGAUCAAUGUAAAUGUUAUAUAUACAUGUAGCAUUAAGUACAUAUUAUUUUAUUAGAAGUCUCAGAGAAUAUAUUAUUAUUUAAAGAAGCAACCUUGUAUCAAGGCUGAUAAAAUGAGGUAUUAUGUAACACUGUAAUAUGUGUAAUUGUUGCUAAGCUUGUCUUAAAAAUUCCUGUCUUGCCAUUACAGGAUUACUAAAAGUUGAACAUGAAUGUAACCAUCUUCAUAUUUCACAUUUCUGAUAUUUUAGGUUUUACUGUUAUGUCAUUUAUGUAUGUCAUUUACCUGUAAAAUAACAGUACACAUACUCAAAGUUUGCAUUAUUUUUUUAUUAUUGGUUAUAUAUAAAAACUUCAUGACAAUUCUUCCGGUUAGUAAUUCUUGUUUAAUAAACAAAAAUUGUCCAUAAACUACAGCUUCUCAGAAAUGUUAGUGCUGUAAGGAAAUUGCAACUAUAGUAUAACUUUAUAAAUUAACAAAUUUGUAUCAUUCUCAAGGGACUUAGAAAAUGUGUUUUUUCCAAGGUAUUCGUUGGCAACGUGAAAAUCAAAUGCUGUAGUUCUUAAAUUUGUUUGAAUAGGACAAAAUGGUGGUGGUCUACACAUGCAUUACCCAGGUAAAUUAUAUAUUGGAAAAGCAUUCUAUUCUUCAAUACAGCAUCUGUUUUUUCUAUUUAUAAAUAAUUACAUCUAUUAAUUUAUAUUUAGGUGGAAAAAAAAAGCAAGUGUAGUCAAACAGUUCUAGAAUGAAACUGAGUUCUUUUGACUUCUGAUAUACAGAACACGGGUAAAGUACAGUACUCUUGAUAUUGUCAUUGUACUAAACUGACAAUUAAGUUGGCCUCUGCCUCAUUCCACCUCUUCACAACUUGUAUGCUAAAAAGAGUACAGUACUUCUUUCCAGGACAUUGUAUGCAGUUUGUCUCCAUGUCCUAUUCUGUACAACUAUUGGAGCACAGUUUUUGUUCAGUCUCUCACUAUUAUACCUUGUGAUGAGUUCUCUGGAUUCACUUACCUCUAGUGAUCAAAGUUUCUUCUUUUCUCCUUCUCUUCUCCUCUAUACGCAGUAGUUCAAGUCUCGUGUUUUGAGUAUAAGCCAUGUGAGAAAUUUUUGAGUUUAAAUUUUCCUUUUAGUGCUUAACAAUGAGUGGGGUUCCAUGUUGUUUUGAAGGAUUCCUUGUUUAAGUUUUAAUAGGGCAUGUUUGUUUACUAACUGCACAUGCUAUUACUGAUUGAGACUUUGUGUAGGUGGGAUAUGCAAUCAUGCAUGUGUGUGAUGGAGGUACAUAUGUGGUGUGUCAGAAAUUAAGCAUUGUGUGCCUAUUGAAUAACAAGCAAAUACAUUUUACUUCGUCAAUCUCUUCCAUUUAAAUAUAUUAAAAUGAUUCAAAAGUAUAAAUUAUUGUGAUCUAUGAUAAUGAACAAAAUUCAGCAUUGUACAUACAUAUAUAAAUAAAAUGUCAGGAGGAGAUUAUACUUGUGUCCAUUGUAUCUAACUGAAUAAAAGGAUUUCUUAGACUAACAUUAUUUUUACCGUUCUCAGUUACGUAGUGUCCAUGGCCUACCGCUGCCUUUUGAUAAUUACUCGCUUACCAAUCCGAGUGUAGCCUUCAUAUGGUUCUAUUCAAUCAGAUUGCUUCACACACACUUUCGUGAUUUCCUUGGUAGUAAAUCCUAAAAUCUUACUUAUAAGUCAUAAGUGGUUUUGACUGACGCUGUUCUUUGAGGAUGCUCUGAUAAAUGUACUCAACUGUUCAGUUAUGUGCACAAUGAAAUCACGAACAUGGUGCAUCUAUGAGACUGUAUUGAAGCCGUACAAUGGGAUUGAACCCACAUCCAUGAAUGCAUCAUGUGCCUCAUGUAUUUAUAACUAGUGUUAUAAAUUGCUUUAGUGCCAAUCACACAUCUUCCAUAUAAUAUACAUCAUUCUCCCACAAACAAGUUUUGUUUUGACAGCUUUAUUUAAAGAAAAAUAUUUUACAUAGAAAAAGAAUUGUAUACACAUUUUUUUCUUGCAAGACUUUCUUGCACAUUCCAUACUUAGUUGCUUCCAUUCAUCAUUGCUGGUACAGCAUAUUCUAAAUAAAGCAUAGCUAUUGAAUAGCUAUGCGACAUCUUGAUUUAGUGGUAUUCUAGAUGUUUGCUUUGAAGACGCUUAAGUCUUCCCUCUACGACUAAAGAAUAGUUAGUGUUUCCUUUUAUUCUCCAGGGUUAGUAAUCUUUCCUAGCUAAUCAUAUAUUCCCAAUAUGGAUGUUUUAUGGUUUUCAAUUUUGUUUUCAUUCAAAAUAUAAAUUACUUAAGUUUAAUGUUUUAAGUUCUUCAGUAUUUAAAUUAAGCAGAGUUAUUGCAUAGUAACUGUAUUUUUUGUGUAAAUCAUGACAGCUUUGUAUUUUAUUAUAAUACCAUAGACCUGAAGCCUUGCGUUCUGGAAAUUUGCCAUCCGGGGGGAAAAGGGGGAAAGCACAAGUUUUUUAAUGUGAUUCAGCACACAAACUUUUUACUUUAAACCUCUCAAUUCUUCCAUCAAUCCUUUUAUGUUUUGUUCCAUUCACCCAUUCCAAGAUACUGGCCUCUUGCCUAUACCAUCUGAUCCCCUUUUUUCACUCUUCCAUAUGUUGUUGUUUUAGAUUCAGCUGCUCUGAACAAUAGUUCCAAGAAGCACAUGUUAUGGUGAGCCCGUAGUGGACUACACUCUUCCAUACUCUUCUUGUUAAAUGAUUCUCUGGUGCAAUACUAAUGUCUCUUUCACUUAAGUGUAAGGUGCCUCUCCCACUUCAUGGCUCCUUAUUUCAUUCCCUUAAUAAUUUCACGGGUACCACAUCUCCCAUAUAUUUCCUAAUUAUAUCUAUCCCACAUACUGACUCCUGAAAUAUCCUCAUGACCCUGGAGUCUUUUACCACCUUCCACCCCAUGGUGAUAGGUCCAAUACUGGCUAUUCCUCAUAUUUAGUACAUACAAGACAGUCAAAAUUUGCUAGGAUCCCAGCCGUAUUGGCAGUGCCUGUAAUGAUCUCGUGGAUUCUGUAGUACCGAUCCUAUCUUUUGUAAGCAGUUCCCUUUCUCUUACUUCUACAGUCACACCAAAGUCUGCAACCAUUAUAGUAAUAAAUGGUCAAGUAUUACAACUAACAAACCAUGUGCUAUCAAGUGUGGCCUAUCCCUAUGACCCUCCUACCACAAUAAGAGGCAGUCAGAAAUAGCCGACUCGGAUGCAUAUCAACCACACAUACUAAACUUGAGGACACGUUAUGAAUCAUCCUGCUCUUUAUUAUUCAAACUGCAUUGUCUUGCACCUUCUAGUAGGGUGUCCUGAUAUUCAGGAUAAGACUUUUUUUUUCCCCUGAUGUCUAUAAUAAGUCAGUUGUUUGACUCACACACAUUCACAUAUAUGAUUUCAUUUACAGUUAAGUUUUCUAGUCUACAUACAGCACACACUAUCCUUGAAAACCUCCCACAUCCACUAUAUUCCCACCCACCAACCAUAUCCCCAAACUCACUAGCUCUCCCUAUGUUCAUAUGCGUGUUCAGUAUUUUAAAAGUAUAGUGCAGAUUCAGGUACAGAAAUAUUUCUCUUGCUUGGCUGCAAUCAAACCUCAUCUAUUUUACAUUCUGAAGUUGUUGCACUAACAUUUCGGCACUUUUUGUAUCUUCUAAAACCAUUUUUUUUUUAAGGACUGGUGCAUCCUUAUCAUUAAGAAUGCCCCGUUUCAUUCAAUUAUUGGAAGUUAUUCAUUCUUAUAUUUUAUAACAAAUCAUAAUACUAAAAGACCCUUAUAUUUCUAGUGAUGGAAUUUAACACUUUCAUGCAUGAAUUUAUAAGUAGUUUGCAUUCAUUCUCUGCUACAAAUAGGUUCACAGGUGAAUAAUGACCAUUUUGGAUUGCAGUAUUUAAAAAAAGCAUUCAAAUACUGUAUGUAUUUAUCAGGACAAAAAAAGGCAGUAUGCUCUAGCCUUUACUGCUGCUGUAGCCAAUUGGGACUUUUUCCAUUUAUGUCCCGCCACUAUUCCUUUCAAUGUUAUUGGUUACAUGUAAGGUAGUAAUUUUUUUUGUUUCUUUUUUCUUUUUUCUUUUUUGUAACAGAGGUAAAUCUUGUCUCUAAAAUAGUGAGGCACAUGUUUACCACCAUCAUAACUGUAUUAUGUAUUUGUACGUACAGCUGUACACUACACAUAAGCAUGUCCAGAAAUUGAGGCAUUUGAUAACCUUGUGAAACAAUAAUUCAUUGUGUCGGGGGACAGGCAGCCAGGUGUAUAUAAAUAGGCUUGCAUCGAGGUCAUCCCAUUUAUACUUAGGUACUAUAUUGUUCUAUGCAUCACUGUACUGUUUAUCUUCAUAGAUGACUUCUUCCACAGAAUAUUUGAAUACAGUACUUCAGUUCUGUACAGUAAAACAAUGUGCGUGUGUGCACUGUACUGUGUUAAGUGACAGUACAGGUAUAGACUAAAAUGGUGAUCCUUUGAAAGAUUGUAAUUAGACGAGUGAUAGUAUAUUGUACUAGUCAUUCAUAUUUAUUCAAUAUUUAUAUAGUUAUAUUUGUUGAUAUAAUUUAUAGAAUGAAUAAAGUACUUAAGCUUAUGCUUCUUA